AUGGUGUCCGCCAAGGUCGCCCGCACCCUCGGCAGCAUCCGCUGUCAGAGCUCCUCGUCUCGCCUCGCUCCUGCACCGGAGAUAGCAGCCUGGAUCGAGCGCAUCACCAGUCGCUCCGCCGAGGUGACUUACGAUGACAUUGACGAUCGGCGCGCGUCCCAGCUACGGAGGACCUUACCUACGCGGCUAGGGCCAAAAGGCGGACUGGACCUGCCGGAUAAGGGGACACUACCCAAGGCGCAUCAUUUGGCUUACUUCCAGCCGGGCAGUCUGCUGACUGAGCUGGGAGAGGAUGGGUCUUCGACAGAAUACAAUGCGCCCGCACCGUACCUCCGCCGAAUGUGGGCCGGAGGGUCGUUCGAAUGGCCAUCUGACCCUCAGACCGCCCUCCGGAUAGGCGAGCGAGCAACUCAAGCGAACAGUGUCGCUUCGGCAGAGUUCAAGAGCGGCAUGAUCUUUGUCAAUCAGAAGAGGGAGCUGUAUCAUGAUGAUCCAAGGGAGUGGGCGGUGAGGGAAAUCAGGACGCACGUCUUCCGGCGAGAAGUAUCCGGGAACGAAGCUGUCAAGGCUAGGGCUAAGAAGGAAGCCACUUCCGCCACGCCCCCCGCUGCUCCCAGCCACACCUUCACCUACACCCCUACCGCCCCACUCCUCUUCCGCUACUCUGCCCUCACCUACAACGCCCAUCGGAUACACUAUGACCGCGACUGGUGCAAGUCGGUCGAGAACCACCAGGACCUGGUCGUUCAUGGUCCCUUGACGGCGACACUCCUCGUUGAGCUCGCAGAGCGCGUCGCGCUGGAUACGGGAACACAUCUAAGGCGGUUUGAGUAUCGGGCGACGAGUCCGAUGUAUGUGGACAGGGAUAUUCUCAUGGAGGCCACACCGAUGGAGGGGCAGGAAGGAAAGGUGGAGAUGACGGCCAAGCAGGAAGGAAGGGUUGGAAUGAGGGCGGUGGCUACUUUUGAGGCAGUCUAG